AUGGAGGCGAGACCUGCGAAGAAAAGUUCUUUGACCAAAGAUGUUUUUGCUGUUGAUCAGGAAAAAAGAUACGUCGAGAAUGCGCUGGUUGCCACAAAUCCCAAAAACAAAAAGACGAUAGCUAGUGAAGGAAACAAUCGUUGGGAAAGCGGUGGGGAGAAGGGAGUCGAGCUUUGA